CGCAGGAAAACCGCAGCUUGGAUUGGUUGAAAUCUCAUCAUUCUCUUCCUAGCCUCGCCCUCUUAUCGGUAAAGCGAGGUUAGGUUCAAGAUGGCGCUGUCCGUGAAGUCCGUUCUCAGCUCCGGAAGGAAUGCCGUGUUGGUGCUGCGGCGACGGGCCUUUCACCGGAGCGCCCCGGCCGCGGUUCAGGUGACGGUGCGAGAUGCCCUGAACCAGGCCUUGGACGAGGAGCUGGAGAGGGACGAGCGCGUCUUCCUGCUGGGGGAGGAGGUAGCCCAGUAUGACGGUGCCUACAAGGUGAGUCGUGGCCUGUGGAAGAAAUACGGCGACAAGCGUGUCAUUGACACUCCUAUUUCUGAGAUGGGAUUCACCGGCAUCGCGGUGGGAGCGGCCAUGGCUGGCCUGAGGCCCAUCUGCGAGUUCAUGACCUUCAACUUCUCCAUGCAAGCCAUCGACCAGGUCAUCAACUCGGCGGCCAAGACGUACUACAUGUCAGGGGGGCUGCAGGCGGUGCCCAUCGUCUUCCGGGGGCCCAACGGAGCCUCGGCCGGCGUCGCCGCGCAGCACUCGCAGUGCUUCGCCGCCUGGUACGCUCACUGUCCGGGUCUGAAGGUUGUGAGUCCGUGGAACUCUGAGGACGCCAAAGGCCUCCUGAAGUCGGCCAUCAGGGACGACAACCCAGUGGUGUUCCUGGAGAACGAGCUGAUGUACGGCGUCCCCUUUGAGAUGUCCGACGAGGCCCAGUCCAAAGACUUCACCGUGCCCAUCGGCAAGGCCAAGGUGGAGAGGCAAGGUUCUCACGUGACUUUGGUGUCGCAUUCUCGGUACGUCGGCCAUUGCCUUGAUGCCGCCGCCGUCCUUGCCAAGGAGGGAAUCGAGUGCGAGGUGAUCAACCUGCGAACCAUCAGGCCCAUGGACGUAGAGAGCAUCGAGGCCAGCGUGAUGAAGACCAACCACUUGGUGACAGUGGAAGGCGGCUGGCCACAGUUCGGCGUCGGAGCCGAAAUUUGCGCCAGGAUCAUGGAAGGGCCAGCCUUCAACUACCUGGAUGCUCCGGCCACCAGGGUGACGGGCGUGGACAUCCCCAUGCCGUACGCCAAGAUCCUGGAGGACAACAGCGUUCCGCAGAUCAAAGAUAUCAUCUUCUCCAUCAAAAAGACACUCAACGUAUGAAGCAGAGGAAACGUGUUUAAAAAAAAAAAAAAGAAAACGGCGGACGUGGGGGAAAUCACGUUGUAAAUAGAGGCUGUUUUUGGAACGUAAGAGUUCCGCUGCAGUCAUCACCUUCUUCUUCCACUCCAAAA